AUGGCCGCCCCCAAGUCCGUCGCCAGGCUCGUCGCCUACUCUCGUCCUACAGCCUUCCCUCUCCGCUCUUCGCCCUUGGGAUCCAUCGCAAACUUCUCUUCCUCGGUGAACCGGGCAGCUACGCCAGCUGGUCCCCCCCAACCGGGCUUCCGUCUGCCCCCUCCGAAGAAAUGGGACGAAGGUGCUGAGUCUUCUCUCGACAAGGCCGGAAAGUACUUCCUUAUGGCUGAGUUGUUGCGCGGCAUGUACGUCGUGCUGGAGCAGUUCUUCAGACCUCCUUACACUAUCUUCUACCCCUUCGAGAAGGGACCCAUCUCCCCCCGUUUCCGUGGUGAACACGCUCUGCGUCGCUACCCCACCGGUGAAGAGCGUUGCAUUGCCUGCAAGCUCUGUGAGGCUAUCUGCCCGGCUCAGGCUAUCACCAUCGAGGCUGAGGAGCGUGAGGAUGGAAGCCGUCGCACGACGCGUUACGAUAUCGACAUGACCAAGUGCAUCUACUGCGGUUACUGCCAGGAGAGUUGCCCUGUCGACGCUAUUGUUGAGACUUCCAACGCCGAAUAUGCCACCGAGACCCGUGAGGAGCUGCUGUACAACAAGGAGAAGCUCCUUGCCAACGGUGACAAGUGGGAGCCCGAAAUUGCUGCUGCUAUCAGAGCCGAUGCUCCUUACCGCUAA